UACAUUAUUCAUUCCAGUAUUCCCGCUUUUCUGUGUAUAUGUAUUCCGCUUUAUUGUAUUUUUUAAUUUAUUGUAUUGUUUACAUUGUAAUUGAUUUGAAACGACUGUCUAUAUGUAAAUUAUUCUAUAUUCCCAAAACGUCUUUUGCCUCGGAAUAAGUAUUUACAAGAUAUUCAAAACAUGACGAAAACCCCUAAGAAAUGCAAGAUCAUUUCAAAAGGUCUGAACCCACUCCAACCGACGAUAUCAGGCUGGCUUACCAAAUCUCCAUCAAAACCAACAGAACCAGAAAAAUCGAAACAACAACUUCUUAAUGAGAAGUAUAAAAAAACUUCAAAAAAGAAAACAGUUCAGAAGAUAGAGGAAAAGAAACAAAGGGGAAUUAAAGAUAAUUUAAUUAAAUCACCAUUAAAUAUAACAACCAAAUCACUUUUGAGAGCUAGUGGGAGUAGUGAAUCUAAAGGACCAAAGAAAUCUUUGUCUAGGUUUAAUUCUGCUAGUAGUGAUGAAUUACCUAGUUAUGUGACUAAGAAACCUAGUGGCACUGUUAGGAAACGAAAAGCUAAACAACCAGAUUCAUUUCAAAAAUAUGGUGCACACUUGCCUUCUGCAGAAGAACUUAUUACAACUCAAAACCAACUGUCAAGCUAUAAAAAUCAAGUACAAGAAGCUCAGCAUGUAAGGGAACCAUUAUUCAAAUCGUUGUGUACCCCUGAAAAAGUAAAAGAUAUCCAACCUUUGCCAUUGUUAGAUUGUAAGCACCUAAGCUUAGAAGAUAUCGAUCGAUAUUUCGAAGAUAACAUCACGUUUUUGUCACAAAUUAUCACAGGAAAAAUUUACUCCGACCGCCACAAACGCUAUUACGAUAAAGAAAAUGUGCAGGAUAUCCAAACUGCUGCAAAUUUAACCUGCAGCACCAGUACUAUAGUUUUUAGCUUUGAGCAGCUUGAUAAAAUGAUUGCUUUAAUGCGGGAAAAGUUUGAUCCUAAGGAUCUUAAUACUAGUUAUUCUGUUAAAGUUCUAGUCCCAGAGCUGUGCCUAAGGAUAUUUAUGGAUGUUCAUGGUAUGAACAAACGUGAAGCCAACCGCUAUUUGCUAAACAGACCCAUUUAAAUUAUUUGUUAUAGUAUUAUAUAUUUUUUAAUAACUUGGGUCUUAUAAAAGGGCCCCUACUUUUUCUGUUAAUGUUUGUGAUUAAAAAAAAAGUAGUCUUAGUUUUUUUUUAUUAAAAUUAAAUGUCACAUAUCAGUCAGUUAGAUUUACAAAGAUUUUGCUGUACUUAAUUAUUUUCCUGUUUUAUUAAAGAUAAAGUAGAAGAA